UAACAACAGGUUCUUAUCGUUGUUAACAUGAUUAUAAUGAAUCAUACAGAAAUAAUUAUUGUACGUGUACUGUUGCAGUUGUUAUAAUUGUUAAUGACAGUAGUGGUACAUUCAGUCAUCAGUACUCUAAUAAAUACCGGCAUGAAGAUCGCAAUUAUCGAAGUAACAGCAGUAGCACAAUAGCAUAUACAAAUGCACAAAUACAAGAUAUAUCAGUAUUUGUAAUUUUUGUACCCAAAUUGCUUUUCUUAUCUCCUGUGAUAUUGAUAAUGGUAGUUCAAAGCACCGAUUGCUGUUAUUUUUGUAUCAGUUUUAUCAUGAUUGUCAUAGAUAGUCUCCCUUAAUACAACAAUCAAUAUAGAUGUUAUUAGUUAUCAUCCUUGCGCACACGUAUUGGCAUCACCAGUCAAUACUUAAAUUUGCCAUUAUCAGUCAAAGUUUACUUAAAUUUUGACAAUAAGACAACUGGACACUUAUCCAUGGACAAUUGCCUUCCCAUGUUCACAUCGAUAAGGAUACAAGGAAAAAUUACCACUCGGAAAUAAGUAAACCGUAAAUUCAUGGAUUACUUUCUUUCCAAACAUCCUGGUCGUCAACGAGAGAUAAGAUAGCUUUCUGUAACCAUGAUAUAUGCUCCAGCAGGUAAAGAGGGCAGUCGUGUGUGAAUGUAGAAUAUGUCAUUUUGAAAGUUGCUUCGGGGAAACCUAACGGCAGACACUUCGGAACCGACUGCUGGAACACAUAUAUAUUUUCACCCUCCCUCCCCACUCCCCCCCACUCCCCGAAAAAAAUUGUGUUGAUAACCGGAAGUGAAAAUAAAAUACUAAAAGAAAAGCUAAAGCAAAAGACCAGAGAGGUCGCCGGAAGGUGAUCGUUCCCCGUGAUAGUCGAGCCUCGGACCAAGAUGCCGUCGAGCGGGGAAUCCGAGGAUUACACCCACUACACGCCUCGGUUGAACCGGCGUGACCAGCACCGCCAAUUCACGUGGCUGGAGGGUCUCCUCCUCAUCGUGCUAAUCCUGUCCUACCUGCUGGGCUACGGGAUCCAGAUCAGCAUCAUCGCCGAGAAAUACAGCCUGGAAGAUCCUCCGAAAAACCGCGGGCUUUACCUCCUCUUCUUCUUCCUCCCGCAUCUCACAGCUGGCUUGAAGAACCUGCAGUACCACAUCCGAGAAUCCCGCGAAGAAGACGACGAUAAUUCGGUUAUUGGAUGGGUCAUCAACCUCGUUUUCCUGCCGGUCAGCCCACUCAUAAGACUCCUCCGAGCGGGAAAAUUUGGAAUGGCGGAAAAAGAAAAUCGAGAAAAUGGAUUAAGAUUCGUCGACGAGCUCCUUACUGCUGCUGUUUUAAGGCUCUUUGAUGUGCUCCUAGGCGACGCCCCGACUCUCUCCCUGCUCUUGAGGGAUGACGUCUGGUCCAGGUCCGGCGAAUGGAAGGACCUUGCUGGCGGCCAGCAAGAAUACAUGAGAUGUUCACCUGCUUGUACAAAAGAAGAGAUCCAGGUUACGAUACAGUUUUGGACUAUCUUUCGAAUGUUCUUCCUGGUUUCCAAAAUGGCGCAGGGUGUCACGUCAUAUCUGGUUGCAGUGAAGAGAUUCCAGAGGUUGCAAUACCCGGAGCAUUACGAGCAUCUGAGGGGGCGCCACUCCAGGCAGGGCAGGCUCAAUAUCGUUGCUACUUUUCUGCUGUACUUCGCUAAUUUCUUCUUCAUUGGGUCGCGUGUUAUGGGCUACAGCAUGGUCAGCUUCACUUGGGGUUCUUGGGUAUACCUCAUUCUUGGUUCCCACUGGCUCAUUAAUUCUGCCUGGCAUCUCAUUACUAUUCUUAAUACCCAUGGCAUUACAGCAGCUAGAUCAGUGUCUUCUCUGGUGAUGGGCGGAGUGUGGCUGUUCGUGAUCACCAACGAGCAGGGAGGCCGACAGUUGGGGCGCCUCAUCCUGUACUAUCUCUUGGCCUUUUUCGAAACAGCCAUUUGCAGUUUCCUGUGGAAUAUUGCUAUGGCAGGCUCUGGGGACUUUUUUGCUUUUAAGGCAUCAUGGGCUCUCCUUGCGGUGUUCAUGAUGGCAGUUCUGUUUCUGCUGGUGUACUACUCCCUGUGUCACCCUGGCAGCCCCACCAUUUCCAGCCGGGGUCUCUUGUGCUGCUCGGGAGAUCGUCGGGAUCCCUUGCCUGAUGAAGAGGAGGAAGGGGAGUCCUCGGCCGUGUAGGAGGGACUUUUCUCCUUUUCAUCAUGUAGUUUAAUGAGGGUCACAAUUUUGCAUUGAAGCAUAAGUUGUGUAUCUAAGCUCAUCUGAUGAACACAGCAAAAACAUGCAUUUGUUCUUUGAGAGUAAUGGGAUUAAAACUAAUUUAAUUUCUAUUGAUGGAUAAGCCUAACCAAGAAAUAAAAUUAACAUAAAUGCAAGUCCAACAAGAAAAAGAGAGAAUGGCCAAAAGCAUCCAUGAAUAUGGCAUCAACCAAGUUUUCAGGGUUCUUUGAAAUUAGACAGAGGGGAUGUUAUACUUCACACUGAGGCUUAAUUUACUGCAGUGCUUGUUCUUUAACAUGUAGUGAGAUUGGAUUUGGCAAAUUUCUGAAAUACCUAGAAUAUUUAUGGUCAUUUUCAUGUACAGAAACUAAAUACCAUAAAAAAUCAGAACUCAUGUACGUAUAUUCUCAAGACUUGAUUUUUUUUUUUUUUUUUUUUUUUUUUUUUUUUUUUUUACAUAUAUCAAGGAAAGUAAAGCAAGUAACCAAACCCCUAUAAUACUGUAAUGUAGUUAAAGAUGACAUUUUAUGGGCAAGUGAUUCAUAUAGUUUGUAAACAUCAAAAAGUAACUUUACCCCUCUGUGUGUGUCUCUCUGUGUCUCUCUCUGUGUAUCUCUCUCUCUCUCUCCCUUUCAUAUCUUAUGUAAAGUAUUUAGGUACAUCUGUAAUAUAGAUAUUUGUAUUUUCUGUGAAUGGGUUUCAAGUAGUUGACAUUAAGCCAUACCUUCAUAUUUCUCUCAUUUUAGAUUUGAGAAAUGUUUCAUGCAAGUAAAUUGCUUUUAAUAUUUGUUGUUUCUCAUAAGCUUUGUGAUAUUUUUGUAUAAUUAUUUAAAUAUAAAGUUUUGUACA